AUGCCAGGAUCUCACGAUCUCAGUGUUGAGAACCUACGCUUGCACGAGCAUAUUGUCGGCUCUGAGAAACAUACUCAGCAUGUUGUCAAGUCAGUGACUUCGGUCCCCACAGCACACCACAGUGCAAGGCCCCCUGCCAAACCCGCCUCUGUGGCUCGAUCCCAGACUCCCUCAAAGGUAGCCUCCAAGGCGGGUUCGAAGCGUGGAGGAACCACCGAAGCAUCAAGGCACGAACGAGAAGUUUUGGUAGUUACGGUGAUCGAAGAGGGUGGUGAAGAUGAAAAUUUACCACCAAAGGCUCCCUCAAUCGCCCACGGUUCGAGCAAACACGGCUCGAAGAAGGCGUCCUCCGCAAAAGCUCCAAAGUCUCAUGGCACCCACCACUCACACCGUAGCCGUCAUGAACGUCAAGACAUCUACCAUAUCCCCGCUGGCAUCCCACCACCGCCAGGUUUCUCUCAGAUGCCCGAUUUUGUUGACAUGCCUCCAAUGCCCAAGAUCCCCGAGUUCGGCAUGGGAGAGAACAAGGAGACUGCUUUGGUCAAGAUGCCUCCUCCACCUCCUCCUGCAAGAUCUAUUGCCUCGGGAGCCUCAAAGCUGGUUGCCCAGAGAUAUCCCGCAUCGCAUACCAGCCACAAGAGCAAGAGCUCGCACCACAGCAAGACGAGUGGUAAGUCAAGAGCCCUCGGAGGCAGCAGUAAGGACAUCGAACUGAUGGAUGUCCUCGUCGAAGAAGUACAUGAGAUUACGAGACGCAGAUUCGUAGUCAAGAUGCCUGGAGACAAGAUCAGAGACUGGAGGUUUGCUGAUUGA